AUGUUUGCGGAAGAAGACGUGCAAUUACGAAACGUAAGGAAAAAGUCCUCAAGAAAACUCAUCACCCGAAUCGCAAUAAAUCUGUUCUGGUCACUACUUCAAUGCUUACCUUGUGAAACUCUGCAUCCCACCGUUCGGAGUUUUCUUGAUAGGAUGCUUAUGUUGAGGUAUUAUUCUCCACCGGAUUUCAUCGGAAGAUUGCCAUUCCUUAAAUUCCCAAAGAAAGCUAGCAACUGUGUGGUAUGUGCAGCUAAAGGCCCUCGACCAAGAUAUCCACGAGUCUGGAAAGUCAAACCAAAAAUAGGAACCGUUUCCAAAUCAUUGAAACUUGUUGAAUGUAUAAAGGAAUUAUCAAAUGUCAAAGAGGAAGUCUAUGGGGCUCUUGAUUCUUUCAUUGCAUGGGAUUUGGAAUUUCCUUUAAUCACAGUGAAAAAGGCUUUAAAAACACUCGAACGCGAGAAGGAAUGGAAAAGAAUAAUUCAGGUGACCAAGUGGAUGCUGAGUAAAGGUCAAGGAAGAACAAUGGGGAGCUAUUAUUUGUUACUAUAUGCUUUAGCAGAAGAUGGAAGAAUCGAUGAAGCUGAAGAGCUAUGGACAAGGUUAUUUUCUGAUAAUUUAGAAAGUAUGCCUCGAAUAUUCUUUGAUAGAAUGAUUUCUAUUUAUUUUCGCCGGGAAUUGCAUGACAAGAUGUUUGAGGUUUUUGCUGACAUGGAAGAGCUUGGAAUCCGACCAACUGUAUCGAUAGUUAAUAUGGUGGGAGAGGUGUUCCAAAAAUUAGGGAUGAUGGACAAGUACCAAAAGCUGAAGAAGAAAUACCCGCCACCAAAAUGGGAGUACAGAUAUAUUAAAGGAAAACGUGUUAAAAUCUGGUCACAAAAUCUUAGAGAACCCCCUGAGAAUUAUAAUAAGAAAGAGGUGAAUGAAACUACAGAGUCAAAUUCAGAUGAAUCUCAAGUGGAUGCAAAUGAGGUCUCAGAAGUUGAUGAUAAUGAACUUGAUGAAUCAGAAAUAUCUCCUUCAGAAUCGUGAUUAAAGAUGAUAUUUUGGUACUCUUUAACUCUGGUGUAGUUUGUUUGGUGAGAGUAGGGGCAUACAGUUGUUGUAUCAUGUGAUGUUUGGUAAUAGAACUUCAAAAUAUGUCAGUAAAUAGUUGUUUGAUUGU